CUCUUAAUAAGAAACAAGAGGUAACGACAGUUUAGUACUGAUUUCGAGGUGAAUUGUUUAUUGAAAUAGGCUGAAGUCAAAUUGUGGAAAUUAGUUGAUCAAGUUUUAAAUAUAUUCAGAUCAAGAAGCAAGUGUGUUUUGGCAAACAUUUUGUUGCUUUUAGGCUAGUCUAUAACUUUCCACAGGAGAAACAAAUCAAAACGACAACAAUUUCUUAUUUUUUUCUGUUUGUUUUUGGGACCAGAACUAAAUCAUGUGUUCAAGCAACGAGCCUCUGGAGAUAACUGGUAUUGAGUUGGCCCACAUCCUCAGAACUCCCCGGGACCAGUUCACCUCAGGCGGCUGUGUGAUGCUGGACUGUCGGCCGUUCCUUGCCUUCUCCAGGACUCGCAUCUCCGAGUCCCGCAAUGUCAACUGGAACUCGAUGCUCCGGCGUCGGUCCAAGAGCUCCGUUGUUUGUUUGGAGUGGUUGGUCGCGGACAAGGACCUCCUUGGUCGGCUGCGCAGAGGGGAUUUCUCGCCAAUCGUGGUGCUUGAUGAGAGUAGCCUUUCUAUGGCCGAACUGAAAGGGGAGAGCUUGGCCAGUAUGCUGCUGACUGCUCUACAAGCCGAUGUCCAGUCCAGCUCAACACAGAUCUGCUUUCUACAAGGUGGCUUUGAAGGGUUCCAUGAAGAAUAUCCAGAAGUCUGUUUCAACUCCCCAGGCCUGCUGGGACACAACCCUACAAUGAUGGACCUGGAGCCUAGUGUGACAGGGCGGAAAACACCACUCUAUGAUCAGGAGGGUCCAGUGGAGCUCCUCCCCUUCCUGUUUCUGGGCAGUGCAGUUCACUCGUCGCGGCGCGAAACUCUCGCAGCAGCGGGGAUCACGGCAGUGCUCAACGUGUCCUCCUCCUGCCCCAACCUGUACGAAGAGGAACUGCACUACAUGAGACUCACUGUAGAGGACAGCCUGGCUGCAGAUAUCGGAGCACGCUUCCCUGAGGCCAUCGCCUUCAUAGACUCGGUGAAGGAGCGUGGUGGUCGUGUGCUGGUGCACUGCCAAGCCGGGAUCUCUCGCUCAGCCACUAUCUGUCUGGCCUACCUCAUCCACGCCCGGCGCGUCCGAUUGGACGAGGCCUUCGACUUCGUGAAGCAGCGACGCCAGGUCAUCUCUCCUAACCUGGCCUUCAUGGGACAGCUGCUGCAGUUUGAGACCGACGUCCUAUGUCACUGACUCCAUAAUUUAGCGAUAUAUUUACAUAUAUGCUUUGCCACUAGACUCGCACAGAUAUAUUUCUGAUUAAUACUCAAGAGAAAUGUACUUUCUAUAUGCACUUCCACUAGGUGGAUUUGUUCAAAAAGUUGACUUGUGUUGUUUAACUUUUGACGGACAACUGACUAUGAUGAAGAAUGUGUAUUCGAUUUCACACGUUUUCAUGUGUCUCUGCGUGGCCACAGCCUCACAUAACUGUGCUCAGAGAAAUGUUUACCCACUCUGCCACUGGCUGGGCUAUAUCUGAGAGAAACACACAGAGACAGUACAUGGUGAGAGAAAUGUAUAUCUGCUGUACUGCUGGCAGGAGAAAUAUGUGUGUGGUGUUUGCCUUUUUGGACAUUUUGCAAGGGCUGACAUAAAGGCCUAUACUGUGAGAUAAACCCCAGCAAGCUGCUGGGUACUGGAUUAAUAACUACUGUCUGUAAAACUAAAUGUGAAUGAUUUUUUUUAUCUUGAUCAGGUGAUUUAUUGUAUUAAGGGCAAUACAUCAAUGCAAUCAAUUUCCUAACACCAAUGCAAAUCUGAAACAAGCUCAUCCUCAUCAAAUCAAAGGUGUUGGCUGUAGCCUGCAGGUCUGCUCUGGGCAAAGGGAAGAAGCCAUCUCAAUUGUUUUUAUCAAACGUAUUUUUAAUAAUUUUAUUAUGGUUUUGACAGUUGUGAUUUACACUGUCUGUUACUGCACUUUAUUUGCCAAUGUGGAGGCAGUUUCAUGCUGUUUUUCACACAGAUUAAAUACUUUAUAAACUGGAAAA